AUGGCACCACCAUCUAGCAACGUUGUUUUCUUUGCGAGUUUCAUCCUUGGAUGUAUCACGAUAUCCAAGGUUAUGAAUACCGACGGGCGCAUCCGCGGGUUUCAGUUCGGCAUCUUUUGGCACAUCGGUGACAGUGUCAUCCAGAUUGCUUCCGUGAAUCAUGGAGUGUUCCUCGUUGGAUACAGCUUCACUGGCAUGGGUGUCGGUUUCUCUGCCGUCACUGGACCUAUCUAUCUAAUGGAAUUUGCUCCUUCGCUGUCGCUAGGUCUCAUGGCCAGCAUGCACAGAAGUUGCCAAAACACAGGAUACUUCUUUUCAACGACUUUUACUGCUGGACAGCACGAUCUGGCUCCUGCAGAGUCCUCGAUGCCUGGUGUCCAAGGACACAACGGAAGAUACUAUGGUGGUCCUGACUUGACAAGACUCCACCAAGACAAAAGAGAUAGGGAUAUCAGCUUCAUGCAAAAAGAGUACAGGGAAAUUCUGGGGCAACCGGUCCUUGGAAAAGAAGCACGAGGCUUCAUGUCCAAUGACCGUCUUCUACUCACGAACUGCACCGAUUUCAUUCGGAUUUUACUUGUAAUCUUGGUCACCACGGGUAUUAUCAACAUAGGUGUUCUCGUCAUCAAUGGUAUGUGA